AUGUUCACUGGUGACAAGAGACAAGUUGAGCCAUAUGAUUUUCUGUAUUACUAUUCACCUUCAAUUCCUUAUGAUUUUCCAAAAGAAAGAAUCCCUAAAAAUUUAUGUGAAAAGCAAUUGCUUCUCGUUUUCAAAUGCUUUUUAGAUUACCCCAAAAAGUCCGAAGAUGUGCGAAGGGCGCGUCAUUGCCAGAAAUUUUCAAUUGAGUUCAAUGAGUGCAAAAAAAGAAGAGACAUGGAUCUUUAUAAAGAAAUCAGAGCUUGGGAAGAAGAAAGGGUAAAAAAUCUCAAGCCUGAGCUUAGAGCAGUCUAUGUCAAUGCAUUGAAAGAGGAAGUGAGUGAUUUAAGAUCAAAUUUUGAACAAAUCCCAGCAACAGAUCAAAAUGCCAAUAAGAGGUGGAGGAUAAAUGCUGAUAUUCUGCAGACACAGUGGAGGAUUAGGUACACAGAAGAACUUCUUUCGAAAUUAGUUGAGCAAUAA